GCGGCAGAGGCGGCCAUGGGCGCGCGCGUCCGGGCGCUGCUGCUGGCGCAGCUGUUGGUGCGAGCGGGGCUCCGGGGACCUCAGCCGCGUGCCCGUGUGUCCGUCCCAGGGCCCUGCGGCCGCCGAACCGUUUCGACGACGCGCGUGGUGGGCGGCAAGGACUCGGAGCUGGGGCGCUGGCCGUGGCAGGGCAGUCUGCGCUUGUGGGGCGCCCACCACUGCGGCGCCAGCCUGCUCAACCGCCGCUGGGUGCUGUCGGCCGCGCACUGCUUUGAAAAGCACACUGAUCCCUUUGAGUGGUCCGUGCAGUUUGGCGAGCUGUCUGCCUCACCGUCUAUCUGGAAUCUGGAGGCCUACUACAACCGGUACCAGGUGGAGGAGAUCAUUUUGAACCCCAUGUAUCUGGGGGCUUCAUCCUCUGACAUCGCCCUGCUGAAGCUGUCCUCCUCCGUCACCUACAAUAAGUACAUCCACCCCGUCUGUGUUGCGGCCUCUUCCUCGGAGUUCCAGAACCAGACUGACUGCUGGGUGACGGGCUGGGGGCACAUCGGAGAAGAUCAAGUGCUGCCAGCCCCCUACCUCCUCCAGGAAGUACAGGUCGGCAUCAUCAACACCACCAUGUGUAACUACCUGUACACACAGCCCCUGGUCCGCUACGACAUCUGGGGGGACAUGGUGUGCGCUGGCGAUUCCCAAGGAGGCAAGGAUUCCUGCUUCGGUGACUCCGGUGGGCCCUUGGCCUGUGAAAAGAGAGGUGUGUGGAUUCAGGUUGGCAUCGUGAGCUGGGGAUCGGGCUGCGGUAGACCCAACCGGCCCGGGGUCUACACCAAUGUCAGUAGGCACUUCAACUGGAUCCGGAUGCUGGUGGCCCGCGGCAGCACUCACAGGCCGGAGCCCUCUCGGCUGCUCCUGCCCCUCGCUGGGCUCUGGGCCGGGCUCCCGCAGCCGGCCUGAGCCCAACGGAGUCCUGAGAGCUGGGGCCAUCUGCUGAGCCAGGCCCCGUCCCCCACCUUGUCCCUUUUCUAAUAAACUCCUUAGCGUGUUGGAAUCGA